UAUCGUAAUCAGCUCGCCAAAACUGACGUAACAUUCGCCCCCUGCUCGCGUGGUAAAUUCGUUUAUAACUCCCGUAAAACCCUUUCCCCAAUAUGAUCCGGCUAAAUAGGCUAUUUAGGAGUUCCGCGAAGAUUUUGAGCAGUCAGGUUCGAUUAAUCCACGUGGGUGAGGCCAAUGUUCUGUCCACCGAGGUUGACAAACAGUCCGCUGAGUUCAAGCAAAAUGCUAAUGAGAUGGGCAAGUUGGUCGGGGAGCUGAGAAACUUUACCAGCCAGGUUCUGAAGGGCGGAGGGCAGAAGGCCAUCGAGCGACACACCUCGCGGGGCAAACUACUGGCCAGGGACCGCAUCAACCUGCUUCUGGACAAAGGAUCGCCCUUCCUGGAACUUAGUGCACUGGCCGGGCACGAGUUAUACGGAGAGGAGGUGGUCAACUCCGGGGGAAUCGUGACCGGAGUUGGUCGUGUUUGUGGUACCGAGUGCGUGGUUGUGGCCAACGACGCCACGGUAAAAGGCGGAAGCUACUAUCCCAUCACGGUAAAAAAGCAUCUUCGCGCUCAGGAAAUUGCCCAAGAAAACCGCCUGCCUUGUAUCUACCUUGUGGAUUCGGGUGGAGCCAACUUGCCGCGUCAGGCUGAUGUCUUUCCAGAUAAAUUGCACUUCGGACGCAUCUUCUAUAACCAGGCGAACAUGUCGGCCCAGGGAAUACCCCAGAUCGCGGUGGUGAUGGGCAGCUGUACGGCCGGAGGAGCCUACGUUCCCGCAAUGGCCGAUGAGAGCAUCAUUGUGAAGAAACAGGGAACAAUUUUCCUAGCAGGUCCCCCACUGGUGAAAGCAGCUACUGGAGAGGAAGUGUCCGCAGAAGAUCUGGGAGGAGCGGAUCUACAUUGCAAGACCUCGGGAGUCACGGACCACUAUGCUGUAGACGACGAGCACGCCUUGUAUUUAGCCAGACAGAUUGUGAGCAAUCUGAAUCUGCCCGCCACGAAUUCCUACAACGAUCAGCUGAUACACUCCAGCCGAGCCAACUUCAAAGGAGUUAGUCCGGCAACUGCCAUAGAGGAUCCGCGCUACGAUCCCCGCGAGUUGUACGGCAUCGUGGGUCCCAAUCUCACCAAAAGCUUCGACGUCCGCGAGGUGAUUGCUCGCAUCGUUGAUGGAAGUCGGUUUACGGAGUUUAAGAAGCUAUACGGCGAGACUUUGGUAUGCGGAUUUGCUAAGCUAUACGGUCACACAGUGGGCAUUGUCGGAAACAAUGGAGUCCUCUUCUCGGAGAGCGCCCUCAAAGGUGCUCACUUCAUUCAGCUGUGCGCACAGCGCAAGAUCCCGCUGGUCUUCCUGCAGAACAUAACUGGUUUUAUGGUGGGACGCGAUGCUGAGGCCAAUGGUAUUGCCAAAAACGGUGCCAAGAUGGUCACGGCCGUGGCCUGCGCCAAUGUGCCCAAGUUCACGGUGAUCAUCGGCGGAUCAUAUGGUGCUGGCAACUACGGAAUGUGCGGACGAGCCUAUUCGCCACGAUUCCUUUACAUGUGGCCGAAUUCCCGAAUCUCGGUGAUGGGCGGUACUCAGGCAGCCAAUGUUAUGGCUCAGAUCACCCAGGAUCAGCGCAAGCGAGCUGGCAAGGAGUUUAGCGAAGAGGAAGCUCAAAAGCUGAAGGCUCCCAUUGUGGAAAUGUUUGAGGCAGAGGGCUCUCCGUACUACAGUACGGCUCGACUGUGGGACGACGGCAUCAUAGAUCCGGCCGAUACGCGUAAGGUUUUGGGGCUGAGCUUAAAAGCAUCCAUAAACAAUUCCGGACAGGACACAAAGUUUGGAGUCUUCCGCAUGUAAAUCCGAUUUGCAUGAGCGUGAAAGGAAAUUAUGAGCAUUUACAGGCAUUUAAUGCCGACUUUUAUUUCGAAACUGUUGCAUUUAUUAGCGUUAAGUGAAUUGUUAACUGUGUAAUAUACAAUGAGUGUCUAUUUGAAUAAAAAGGUAUUUUGACAAAUGGUACUACAACUAAAAUAAGA